CUAAUUACCAGACAUCAACAUGAAGUACUCCUGUGUUCUGCUCCUUUUGGCCACCGUCGCCUGUUUCCUGGUGAGCCUGUCCAGUGCCAGUACCACGACCACGACCACGACAGAUGCCACCACCACAACGACCACCGCCUCGUCCUCGGACACCACCACCACCACAGCCUCUUCCUCAGACAGCACAACCACCACCACGGAUGCCUCCUCCUCCAAGAAGAAGCACACGAUCCACUACAAGCGCAAGGUGCACCGCCCCAAGAAGGUCAAGACGAUCCACAGGAAGAAGAACCGCAGCGGUUAAGGAUCUUAGAUACCCACAGACCCGCUUCCAACUAACAUGAACUCCGACUUCCGAA